AUGGCGUCUGUCACAUGUCCCCUCGAUCUUCACAUGGUCGAUCUCGAGUCACGGCCAGCCCCGACCUUGCCUGAUUGGGAUAUUCUCACGCUGAAAUGCCCCUCUCAGGCGACAGUCACUGAGAUCUCCCACUCCCCCAACAUCUCUCGUUCUCCCUCUGUCACCUCGUGGGAUUCUCAACGCACAGAGAAAUGUAUAUCUCCUACCGACUCGGCGCUUUCCUCCCAACCUCCCUCGCCCGCCAUGGAGGUGCAUAUGAAGAAACCUCGACAGACCUCGACCACCAGCAUGCCAACGACGACUGUGCGUCCACCACAUCAAACUUCGCGCACAAGUGGUUCGAGACCAUCAUCGGCGGUGACUUCUCCCCAUUCACAUUCGCGCUCCCACUCCCACAGCACAGCUCGAUCCCGCCCCCAUAGUCGCCAGAAUUCCUUGCACUCGUCAAGGCGAGCGGGCAAUGCCAGUAUAGUGACCGUCUCCUCGACGCGGUCUGGGACCCUCGACAAACGGGAAUCUCUCCUGGCUUUACACCGAGAAUCAUGUCGUCUGUUUCAAGACCAGGAUGCCAAGCAGCCCUCUACAUUCUCCAUAGACGAGCGUCGUCCGUCUCUGUUUUCCGCUCCAUCAUCUAUAUUUGAACAUCCACGGGGGAAUCGCACCUCCGCCGACAAUGACUUUUCCGCCCCCUCCUCCCCCGUCAGCUCGUCUCAUUCCACGAGCAGACAGUAUAAUUUUGAUCAUCACGGCUCCAUCAACUCGACCACCGACCCCCAUUAUCUGUCCUACCGAGACCGCUCCAGCACCUUACCCAGUCAUGACAGUCCGGCCAUGCAUACAUCCCACAUCCAUUCAUUGUCCACCUCAUCCAUCCACGUCCCGGCGACUGUGAUGGAAUGGACCUCUGCCACGACUCGACGAGCCGAAUACGAAAAAAUUGACCGCGCCAGUCGCGGUGUACGCGGUCUUUGGCGCCGGGUAGCGCCCCGGUGGUGUCAAAGCCGCGCCUCACGAACCCCAUUUUUCGAAGAAGGCAAGCCCAAAUCUGAUGACGACGGGAGUGUUCGUCGCUUUCGGAUGGAUUUGCCCGAGGAAGAAGAACCCCCAUGCCGAUCCAAGCCUUUCACACUGAAAAGUCUCGGCCUAUUAUGA